CAAACAAACCAAACUCCUCCCACCACACUGCACAACAAAGCACCUUAGUCGCCUUGUCUCCCGACCUGUUCGCCGAUCGCUGACAUGUGGUGGUCGCGCUUCCUUGCAGUGGCAGUGCUGGCGGUGCUGUUGCUGCCAGCAGCAGUGGCAGCUGCUCCUCGUCCCCUCGUUCGCAGCUCCCACGGUGUCGUCGUUCAGUUUGGCAAGCACUAUGUGGAGCUCGCCGUCGCCAGCAAGUCCGGGUUUCGCGUGAGUAUUGCCACAACAUCUCCCGAUGGCGGCGUGUCAUCUCCAAUGAUCGUCGAGCAGUCGUCCCUCCCGUCUUUCACGCCAAUCUCAAAGGGCGACUGGCAGGGCGUGCAGACGUCGUUUGGUGCAAUCCAGAUCAACACCACGUCCGCCGCCUUCCAGAUGCUCGACAACAAGGGAUCGGUCAUCAUCGACUCCCCCAAGCUCUCGUCAGCACUCUCGGCCUCUGCAGGCCUUCAGGAGGAUGUGUGUCAGCAAGCCGUGCCUGGCUACGACGCCUCUGGUGGCACACGCUCCAAGUCUGCGCCCAACGGCCUGCAGAACCAAACCCAGACAUCCUGCUGCCAGGCAUGCAACGCCGCAUCAGACUGCGACUUCUUUGUGUUUGCGCUGCCCUCUGCCCCCGAUCCGUCUGGCGCCAACUGCUGGCUGCUGCACGAUGUCCCCGGCAUGAACCCGCGCCAGGGCCGCAUCAGCGGUGGUAACGCCCCCUCUCCUCCGCCCGUCAUUGACUUCACCCUCCCGGCCGCAUCGCAGUCGCCGCUCUAUUACGGUGCGGGCGGCGGUGCAGGCGACCCCAUCACCCACACCUCCUCAAGCGCUUCCGUCGCAAACACACACUUCCAGGCGCCGUACUACUGGUCGACGGACGGCUACAGUGCGCUCGGCGUGUCCCCCGCCCCGUUCAAGGAGGGGGAUGUGCAGAGCUAUCCGGCCGCCUGGGUCUUUGACGGAUCCAACGUGAUGUGGACGAUUGGUGGUGACCCACAGGUCGACCUGUAUCUCAUGCCCGCCGCGACGGCGUAUGAUUCGCUGGAUUGUCUGUGGGAUGUGACUGGCAGGCCGCAGCUGCCCCCGCGCUAUGCGUUUGGGUUUCUUGCAGGGCGGUGGGGGUGGGUCAACGCGACCUACAUCCACCAGAUGCUAUCAAACUUCCGCUCAGGCAACUUCCCCGCAGACGCAUUCAUCUCGGAUUUUGAGUGGUACACACCCGAGCCCGACUACAACCUCCCUAAUUCCGGCAGCCCAACCUUCAAGGACUUUACGUACAACAACAUCACCUUCCCCAACCCCGUGCAGCAGCUGCAAGAUUACCGCAAGAAUCUCAACUUUCGGUUUGGCGGCAUCCGCAAGCCGCGUCUGGGCAACAGCCAGCUGCUGGUCAUGGCGAAGAACAAGGGCUGGCUCAUCGACUCGUCGUACACCGGCGGCGGGCGCAACCUCAACUACUCCAUCGCCGAUCUUCGCACCUGGUACUACGAGCAACACACGCACUUCCUCAAGGAAGGUGUUGAGUUUUGGUGGAAUGACGAAGGCGAGACGCAAUAUUUCACGUUUCACUGGUGGAAUGAGGCCCAGUACGAUGGUCUCGCUGCGUAUGACAAGAGCAAGCGCUUCUUCACCAUCAACCGCUCCUACAGCCCCGGCAUGUCUCGGUUCGGUCUGUCUGUGUGGACAGGAGACAUCAGCGUGAGCUUUGAGAGCAUGGCGCAGCAGGUCGGAUACCAGAUCAACUGGAACAUGGCCGGUGCCUCGUUUGUGACGUGCGACACGGGCGGGUUCAGCGGGCCAGAUGAUACCCCGCUGCUCCUCACUCGCUGGUACUUUGUGAGCGCCUUCCUUGGCAUCAUGCGUGUGCAUUCAACAGACUCCGACAUGCCCCAUUUCCCCUUCUUGUACGGCCAGCAGGCCGGCAAUGCUAUGCGCAAGGCGCUUGAACUGCGCUACCAGCUGCUGCCCAUGCAUUACAGCCUGGCCCACGGCAUGUACACUUCAGGUCGCCCCGUGUUCCGCGGCAUGUUCUUCGACUAUCCAACGGACACGGUCUGCCAGACUAUUGCCACGCAGUGGAUGGACGGCGACUAUCUUCUCGUCUCGCCCGUUCUGUCCCAGGAUAACAGCAGCAGCGCUUACCUGCCAGCAGACACGUGGUAUGAGUUCAACACAACAACGACCCACACGGGCCCAACCUACAUCAACCAAACAAAUGUUGCCCUGGACCAUGUCCCUCUCUUUGUGAAGCAAGGUGGCAUCCUCCCGCUCGGCCCAGUCAUCCAGUACACGGAUCUUCUCCCCGGUGGCCCGCUUACCGUUCACGUGUAUGACGGUGCUGAUGGUGCAUUUGAGCUGGUUGAAGACGAUGGUGCGACCCUCGAGUACACAAGCGGCGCCACGCUCAAGUCUCACUUCUCGUACUCAAGCGCUUCCCAGACACUUUCCUGGACCAAGUCUGGCAGCUAUUCUGGCUCUGAUGUGUUCACCAACGUUCAGGCGCUGCUGUUCACCCCACAGGGUGUCAAGCAGGGCUCGCUCACGGACUUUACCAAGCCCGGCACCAUCAAGUUUUGAUGGCGUUGUUUCCGCUCGCGCUCCUUCCACUUGCGCCUGCUUGCUGUGUCACAAUCGUGCACACAGCACUGCUGUCUUGCUUGCUUGCUUACUGUGUCCUGAUAUGUGUGAUGUGAUUGUGUGCCACGACAUUGCUUCCACCAGCCAAAGAGUCCUUCAAGUGCCUCUCGCUCGCCUCGUCACACAGCCUCGCAUCGACGCACACGUUUAUUGACGAUUGGCCGUGCGAUUCUGGCGGGAAAUCAGUUUGCGGAUUGAACGUACACAUUUGCUGACGUUUGAACACAAUGAUGAUGGAACCGGAA